AUGUUGCGACGGCCUCCUGGCGAGGGACGGCUAGUCGCCCAACAGCACAAGGUUCUACUGGCCUUGGCCUUAUUCUUCCUUUAUUGGCUCCAGCUUGUCGAUGCUCAGCAGCAGCAGCAGCAGCAGCAGCAACAACAACAACAACAACAACAACACCAACCGCAAUCCUCCCCUCAACAAGCAUCGGUUGCCAAUAUUUUGAAGGCUCACGAGAUCGACGUGGACAGCCAUGAAGGCCGACAUUUUCCCCGUGUCCGACAAGAAUCCCCCUUCGAAGCUGAUCGAGUCGUGGGCAGUCUGGCCGCUACAUCGUCAAACCCACGCAGUGUUCACGGCGGCACCGACCCGAAAAGCCGCCGAAGCUCCAUGACUACCGCUGAGGAGCGUCCUGGAAGUAGCGAUCAGCAACGAUUCGAGAACACCCCGAUACCUCACGAUGCGAGCGCCCUCGCAACUUUGGCUCCGGCUCAGCCCGUUCGAGCACCAAACUCUCCUAGACAUAUGCCCAGCCUCCUUGCCGAUGCUGGGCUAUCCUCGCUGCAGUCUGCGCGGAGUCUGGAGAACUGGGAAGUGGAAGACUACAUUCUUCUGGCGACCGUCGAUGGACACCUUUAUGCCGUCAAUCGAGAGUCCGGCGACGAGCGCUGGCACCUCGAGGUCGAACAGCCUGUCGUCGAAACCAUCCAUCACCGACCCAAUGCCUCCCUCGCAGACCACGAGCCUCAGCAUGGUCGCCACCCCCUCGAUGAUUAUAUAUGGGUAGUGGAGCCUACACAUGACGGUGCUGUGUAUGUUUGGACGCCUUCAGGCUUGGGCAGUGGCCUAUUGUCCACCGGUUUCACCAUGAAGCAGUUGGUAGAUGGAACAUUUGCGGUCCCUAAUCCACCUGUCGUCUAUACUGGCGACAAGAAGAGUACACUCAUCACCGUCGACGCUGCCACCGGCAGGGUCCUGAAAUGGUUUGGACAGACCGGCGCGCAGGUCGACCAGAGUGCUACCUGUUUCCCACCCAACGGCCAUCUCGUUGAUACAGGCAGUGAUGAAUGCAGCGAUACUGGCACCAUCACCCUUAUUCGCACCGAAUACACCGUGACUAUACAUGGCCGCGACGAUGGCAGGAUGAUCGCCACGCUCAGAUAUGCCGAAUGGGGCCCCAAUAACUUUGAUAGCGAUCUCCACCAGCAGUACCGAGCCACUCAGGACAAUCGGUAUUUCACCAGUCAACAUGACGGCAAAGUAUACGCGCUCGUUCACCCGACGGGUAUCACCUCCUUUGCCCGCCAGUUCUCGGUCCCUGUGGCUCGUGUAUUCGAUAUCGCAAGACCCGAGGAUGCUCCGCACGGCAGCAACCCCGAGCUUGUCCUCCUACCUCAGCCUACGUUUCCUAUCCGCGACCCAGAGUCGGCUCAGGCAAGGAGUCAGAGUGUGUUCCUGAACCAUACCAGCUCAGGCAGCUGGUAUGCCAUGUCAGGCUGGUCGUACCCGCUCAUCGUCAACGCCCCCAACGCACAGAUCAAUCGAAGGGAUCGAUGGGAUAGCGAAAGCACCCGAGCCCUUCUUGAGGACGCACGCAUCAACGCUGCACUGGUAGGUGUCCACACUCUGGGUAGUGCAAGGAGCAUGCCACACUGGCCAUCAAGCCUCCCCCCAGGUCUACCGUCGACUUCCCUUUCAGAGUCGGAAAGAUCUGAGAACACCGACAACGAGUCGGCCGUGCCCACCCAGCUGCCGGGUGUAGAGAAAGACUAUCCCAAGAUCGUCGACACGGUCGUUACUCUGCCUCAAUAUGCUGCUGAUAGGACCAAGGAGUUCAUCAAGAACCCGAUUCUGAUUCCGGUUCUCAUCGUCUUCAUGUGGAUCUACUACAAGGACCUGAGGAGGUGGUUCAGGAGGCGAGCCGGUCAAACGGAUUACCUUCAGACCCCUACAUUUGUUCAACCGACGGAUCCGACCAGCAACGAUGCGUCCAAGAGUGGUGACGUAUUGGACGCGCCCCUCCCACGAACGGAUGAUCAAGGUGCGAAGGAAGUUGGUGAUAGAGCGGUAGCCCCUGUUGUUCCUCCAGUUGAGCCUGAAGCCGCGGCUGUGGAUGCGGCUGGUCAACAGCAGCCGCAGGAUGACCUCGAGUCGCCCGAGAAGAAGAAGAAAGCCCACCGCGGCCGCAGAGGUGGGGUGAAGCAUAAGAAAGGAGUUAAGAAGCAGCGAGAGGCUACUGACCUUUCCACCGAAAAUGGUUCUCCCGAGCCGGAAGAUGGCAUUCCAGGUCUCCAAAACAUUGGUAUACCUCCGAAGCUGGAACCCAACGUCACAACCGUGAACAACGACCCGGAGGAUGUGAGCGGGCCCGUUGUGAAGAUCGGCGGCAUAGAAGUCGACCAGGAAGAGCAGCUUGGGAUGGGAAGCAACGGCACGGUGGUUUUCGCGGGCAGAUUUCACGGCCGCGACGUUGCAGUGAAGCGCAUGCUAACACAGUUCUGGGACAUUGCAACACAGGAAACCCAGCUGCUGCUGGAAAGUGACCACCACCCAAAUGUCAUCCGUUACUUCGCCAUGUCGAAAAACGACAGUUUCUUGUACAUUGCGUUAGAGCUAUGCCAGGCGUCUUUGUCUGACAUCGUGGACAAGCCACAUCUAUUCCCAGACCUUGCACAAGCAGGCGAAAUGGAUCUACCGCGGGUAUUAUUGCAGAUAGCAAAUGGGCUCGGGUUCCUCCACGACCUGCGCAUCGUCCACCGGGACCUGAAGCCUCAGAACAUUUUGGUUACGAUGGGUCGGGAUGGCAAACCUCGACUACUGGUGUCGGAUUUUGGACUCUGCAAGAAGCUCGAGGGCGGGCAGUCGUCCUUUGGCGCGACCACGGCCCACGCCGCUGGCACGUCGGGUUGGCGUGCGCCCGAGCUGCUCUUGGACGACGACGCGCGCGAGAGUUCGACCUUGUCGAUGACGAGCACGCAUAGUGACUCCAGCAGCCAACUCGUCAGCGCCGACGUGAUGCCCAACCGGCGAGCGACUCGGGCCAUAGACAUAUUCAGUCUUGGCCUUGUCUUUUACUAUGUGCUCACCAAGGGCCUGCACCCGUUUGACUGUGGUGAUCGGUACAUGAGGGAAGUCAACAUUCGAAAGGGACAGUUCAACCUCGCGCCACUCGAUGUUCUGGGUGACUUUGCGCACGAAGCGAAGGCGCUGAUCGAGACGAUGCUUCGCUCCGAGGCGAGGACGCGGCCGUCGGCCAGGGAUGUCAUGUCACACCCGUUUUUCUGGUCUCCCAAGGAACGUCUGGCUUUCCUCUGUGACGUUUCGGACUACUUUGAGCUUCAGCCACGAGAUCCGCCGUCCAAGGCGCUGGUGGACCUGGAGGCGUGUGCGCCUCAGAUCUGCCGCGGCGACUUUCUCAAGGCGCUACCCAAGGAGUUCGUCGACAGCCUCGGUAAACAGCGAAAGUACACGGGAUCCAGACUGCUGGAUCUGCUGCGGGCGCUGAGAAACAAGCGGUUCCACUAUGGUGACAUGAACGAGUCCCUCAAGAAGAUGGUGGGGCCCGUGCCGGAGGGGUAUCUUGGGUUUUGGACCAGACGGUUCCCGAAUCUGUUGAUAGUGUGCUGCGCGGUGAUCUACAAGCUGAACCUCGAGGAGGCGGAUGCUUUCAGAGACUACUUCAAGCCCAGAACGCCUCUAUGA